AUGGGGAACACGCCCUACUGGGCUCUCCAGCGGUUGCAGGUGCCAUGCCGGCACGUCUUCUCCUGUGAUUGCGAGCCUGCAAGCUUGAAGGUGCUCCACUUCUUGCAGCCUGAAAUCGUCUACACCGAUGUCCGAGCUCGCAAUGUCCAAGAAGCUCCGGACGUGGAUUUGUUCUGCUUCGGACCUCCGUGCCAGUCCUACUCUAGGCAAGGCAAGAGGCAAUUUGAUGAUUGCGAACUAGGGUGCCUCGGACUACACUCUCUGGCCUACAUCAUUUACCACAAGCCGCGGCUGAUUCUCAUGGAGCAGGUGCCAGAUGUGGUGUCGUCGGAGUUCAUGAAGGUGAUGUGCAAGGAGCUGCAGAAAGCUGAGUACACCUUGCACCUGAGCAUCUUGAAGUUGUAUGAGUAUGGAGCGCCACAGGCGCGGGAGCGGGUGUACAUGGUUGGCAUCCUUCGCCAAGUGGGCGCGUUCUCAUUUCCGUCCCCGGUCCCUUGCCCGCCUGUGUCUGACUUCAUUGAUAGACUGCCAGCGUCUGAGUUCAAAGCUGUGCCUGAAGAAGGGCCCCAGGGUGGUACGACAAGGAUUGUCAAUGUGCUUUGCGAGUUGGAGAAGUGCUUGGAGAAGGACGUGAACCCCUUCCAAGCCUACGUGUUCAUCACAAGUGGCGCCAGCCAGGGACGAUGCAACCACAUGGUGGGCCGUGUCAUGACCCUGACUCGCAGCGAAUGCAUGAGACAGGGCUAUUGGUGCACUGUCAAAGGCGGUUUCCUGAGCCCCGAAGACAUGGCCAGGCUACAAGGCUUUUGGGAUGGCUUUCUGGACUGGCGAAGCCUGACCAUCUCCGAUUCCCAGUUUGGCGCCUUACUUGGCAAUGCCAUGACUUUAAACGUUCUGCUGCACCUGUUUCCACACAUGUUGCGGGCAGCCGGGCUCAUGACUGCAGGUGAGUUUGAUGAAGCCUUGCAGCGGGCGUCGUUCUUCAACGUGGGGGACAAAGUCGCCAUCUCAGAAGAGCAGCUGCCAGUGCGCACAGUUGAGGCGCUGAAGCCUUACAGAAUCAAGGCUCAUGUGAACAGCCAGGCCCACCAAGCGGCUGUGUUGAGGAUGCUGAGCCAUGAGCCAGGCAAGCUCGUCAAAAACACGGCGACCAAUGUGACGAAUCUCACGAAGCAGUUGCUCAAUGAGUUUUGCACCACCAACUUCGGCUGCCCAUAUUACGCAAUUCUUGAUGCACUGGAUGCAGAAAUGAUGCUGCAGGCGGGUCUUCUGGCCGACGCAACGGACGAAGCGCAAAUCCUCAUUCGCUUCUUCGACACCGGUGACCCGGAUUCGGGCAAGAUCUCCGCCAGUGUGGCCACGCAAAACGUGUGGACAUCCGCUGGGUACACGCUGGCCACAUUGAGGUUUCUGGAGGCACCAACUCAUAUUGUGGUGAGAGGAGAAGUUCGAUGCAUUGGUGGGCCCAACGCCGUUCCCGCCCAGCUGCGCUCCCGUUGCCUGUCGCGGAUGCUGGCAUGGCGGGCGCUGGCUGAGCAGGUUGUGCGGGCCGAGCAUCCUAGCUUCGAGCUGGUCCAGUGCUUCAGCGCAUUUGACAUGGAGUGCUUUGAGCAGCAGGCAGCAUCGAUGACCGCGAGCAACCUUCAGUGCUCAGAAGCGUUGCGGCGAGUUGCGUCGUCCCUGCAGUUGGACUUGGAGGAGCUCAUUUCAGAGUACCUUGACUUGGGUUCCAUUGCCCUGGCUUUCUGGAGGAACCAGAAUCGAGAGCGCAGUAACUUGCAAUGCUGGCAGCACGCAAUCGAUUCCACAAGCAGUAGUGCAGCUCGAAGGCGCCACCCUGUUAACUCGCUGGCAGUUGCGCUUGCGCACUACGGGUGCAUGACUUCCUCUGACAGUGUGGUGGAGCGUGACUUCUCGCAUGUCAAGCAUGUCCUGGGCGAGAAGCGCCUUCAAUGCGCAAUAGAGGCCGAGAAUGACAUUGUCGUCAUUGCGUUGAGCGACCCAGAUUUAGACAACGAAGUCAUCCGCACCGCUCAGCAGGUUUGGAAGGAAGCCUACGGUGUCUGCAGCAGGGCAAGAACGAAAGUGCGCUUUGACAAAGGCGUUGUCAAAAGCCGUAGCAGACAAAUCGCGGAUGGCUUUGAUGCUGCCAAUGGCGAUGACUCAGGCAAGGCGGUGUCAGAAACAAUGUUUCGCAAGACAAGACGGCAAGAUGUUGCGGCCAAGAUGGCUGCGGGGGAUGUGGCUGCAGCCAGUGAGGUUGUGCUGGCUGACCCGUCAAGCGCAUGGACUGCUGCUCACGAUGAAGAGUUACGGUUCAACUGCAAGAAACAGUUGAAGCGAGCCUACGAGUGUUUGGAGUCUGGAACGCUGAACAUUUCUGAGCUGCCUGAUGAGCUCCGCGGCGAGGCCAGGAAGUAUUUGCAAUCCAGGCACUCCAAUAUGUUGGAGCGAGAGCGAGCAGAGCGCCGGCUGGCUAAGCAGACCUUGCAAAGGCUUCCUGACCCGGAGGUCACCAUGGCAGCCCACGAUGCCAAAGUCGUUGUGCUUGACGUCAUCAACUCCGCCCUGCCUGUCUUCUGCACUCUGAAGUUUCAGACGGAGCACUCCCAAGAGAAGUUGGUAGAUUCCACAAAGCUGGGGCUGACUUACAGGAAGCUGGGGCGAGGGCGCGCUUGUGGCGCCCUGGACUGGCAGGUGAUGCAUGACCGGCUGAUGAACCCCCAGGGCAGCCACAAUGAGGUGCUAUGCGCUGGCGGCGUCAACGUGCUGCGCUGCAACCCUUUGCAGUCAAUGACGCCUUCGGUCCGGAUCAAUGUGCAGAAGGUGGAAGCCAUGAUGAUGAACCUGUGGGGGCAUGGGAAAAUCGUUCCCUUGCUUGAGCCGGUGGACUUCGUAGCCAAGCAGCUGGUGAACGGCAAGAUGCCGGAGUUUGACAGAAUCUCUCCUGAAGAGCCAGUUCAAGCAUUGCUGGUGUGGGUGGCUAGGCGGAUCCGCGACGACGCUGACAUUUGGUUGUUCAAGCGCCGCAAGGAGAGCUUGCUGAACAAAACUCUGACUAACGCCGAGGUGGCCGGCCUCUACCUGCAGUUCAUGCCGGACACGGAGACGGACGAGGAGCCCAGAAGCGACGAAGGCAACAUCCAGCGAGCCUGCCAAGUGUACGAGAGGGUGCUGAGCAACAAGGUGAUCGCCAGUGUCAUCGCGUGGUCUGACACAACCCAUGGCAGCGAGGGCCCUUUCAACAGCAUUGGCAAGCUAGUGGAAAUUUCAGCCAAACUGAAGAAGAUUCCCACGCUUGAGUACUUUUUCACAUCAAUGAAGCUCGCGCUCCAACAAGACCAGCUUGAGGUCGGAGAGCUGUCCACCAAAAAGUUGCGCGGCGGAGGAGGGCAUGGUGGCAAGAUUGGCCUCUUAGAUGUUGUGAUCACGAAGAAGGCGAUGAGGGAUUUCUUGCUCAGCCGCUGGCUGGACGUGCAGAACAACAUCUCCCCGGAACACAAGGCCUUGUUGAAGAAGACCUUUGACACAGCAGAGAACUACGAGGCAAACUACAUUGCCACCAGCAAGUUGAUCGAAUUGCUGGAGUCUGUGGGUUACAAGUUUGACUCGUUGGAGAUUCCUGCGGUCAAGACGGGCAUCAAGGCUGGAAAGACAGGGCAGGAAAUUUUGGAGGAGUAUCAGCCUUACAAGCAGCUAUUGGCUGAUAUUGUCGCAGCAGCUGUUGCGCUGCAAGACGGCGAUGAGGAUUCAACUGCUCAGUCCUCACAGGGAGCAGCAGCUGUCGCUUCAUCGACAAAGACUGAGCAACUGCAUCAGUGCACCACAAUGCAUGAAGAAGGCAUUGCUCUGGGCUCGGUGUCAGAUGGCUGGCUUGCCAUGGCUGACCGCAUCAUUGCCAAGAACGUGGUGUUGGUUGUUGAGAAAGGGCUUACGCAGACCCAGCUUCAGAAUGCCAUGAGCAAAUACGCAAUCUCAAAGAUCCGCGGCCAGAACGGAAACAACGUGGUUAUCUACUUCGAUUCCAACAACUUUGGAGAAGCAAUCACAGCGCCGCACAUCAGACGGCCGCCUCUGCAGAGCACAGUGGUAGCGAAGAUGUGGAAGGCCCUCAAAGCAAUCCGCGAGGACCCUGGCAGCCCAGGGCUAUUGCCGCCUGGUGACAUCUUGGUGCUGCUUGACGGCUGCCGGAAGACGGACGUGACAGUCGUGAACUUGUUCGGCAUGGGCAAGGACCGUCGCACAGCCGACCGUGGGCGCAAAGAGCGCGACGGAAAGACUCUCUCUUGGCAGAUCACUGUGGCGUUCGACGAGAAGUGCGUGGUUGGCCGCAAGUUCCGAAAGAAGCACAAGAAUGAUUUCUUGAGUUGCUCUCAGAGGGCGCUGCUUUUCUGGAAUGGCAGCACUACCAGCGCCUCGGCUGUUGUGGCGACAUUGCGUUUUGCUGCUUCGGCGCAGCGCAUCCCAGCCAAGACGCACAAGUUCUUCCCCGAAGCCACGAACAUGUCGGACGUGCUGGGGCCAUUUUCCCUGGAAGCGUAUCAGAACCUCCCCAAGCUUCGCAUGAAGGACAAGAAGGAGUUCUGGGGAUUGAGGCGCCGAGCAGUGGGCGGACGCACUGAAGGUGCCAAUGAGGAUAGCGAUGAUGAUGACAACGAGCCGGAUGAAGAGGAGGAUCAGGAGGUGGUGCCUAUGCUGGAGCUGCCCAAGGUCGGUGGAGGCCGAGGAAGCACGGGCAUGCCUGACGACAUUGUGCAGUGUGUCAAUUUCCAGCAGCUACCCAGCUUCCUGCACUCCCUGAGUGCGAUUUCUUGCUGCGAUCUAGCGCCUGGCACUGGCGAGUUGGCGUGCAGCGCGGUGCUGGAGCAGGUCGGGUACUUGGGCAUCUGCCAGACAGAGUAUCAGCGCGAGUUCAUCCUCACCCGGUUGAAGAAGGAGGUUUUGCGUUCCAUGGAGGAGCCAAGUUCGAAGGUGUACUGCGCUGCCUACGCCAAAGAGGUUCAGGAGGAGAGAGGUGAGAAGCGCGAAGCUGGCCAGGAUUUGCCAAAUGCCCCGCCCAAGGCCAAGGCAAAGGUGGUGCCUCCUAAGAAGGACAAGGAGGAGAAGGCUGAGGGCACGGCGGCGGCGAAAGCCAAAGCCAAGUCCAAGAGUGAAGCGAAGGUCAAGGCUAAGCCUCCGCCGCUGCAGUUGUCUGAGAAGUUGCAAGCCCUGCUGAAAGUUGCAAAGGGGCAGGAUCCUGCUGAGUAG